AUGUGGGGUUGGUUUGGCGGGGCAGCAGCCCAAAAACGAAAGGAUGCACCCAAAAAUGCCAUUCUGCAGCUGAGGCAACAAAUGGAUAUGCUACAGAAGAGAGAAAGGCAUCUAGAAAGCCAGAUGGCAGAGCAAGAUGCUUUGGCCAGGAAGCAUGUAUCGACCAAUAAAGCCGCCGCCAAAGCAGCACUACGACGCAAAAAGGUUCACGAGCGCACCCUUGAGCAGACAUCUGCACAGAUCACUCAAGUUGAAACACAAAUCUACUCGAUCGAGGCCGCCAACAUCAAUCAAGAAACCCUGAUCGCAAUGAAAAAUGCCGGAAACGCAAUGGCGCAAAUACAUGGAAAUCUUACCAUCGACAAGGUUGACCAAACCAUGGACGAACUCCGCGAACAGCAUGCUCUUGGAGAAGAGAUUGCAAAUGCCAUCACAAAUGCUCCUCUUGGUGAGCCUAUCGAUGAUGCCGAUCUAGAAGAUGAGCUCGAGGGUUUGGAGCAAGAGGCCAUGGACGAGAGGAUGUUGAAGACUGGACCAACUCCUGUCACAGGAGAGAUCAACAGAUUACCAUCGGUAUCUACAGGUCCAGUCAAGCAAUCGUCAAUCGAGGAAGACGAGGAAGAAGAGCUUCGCAAGUUGCAAGCAGAAAUGGCUGUAUAA